AUGAAAGUAGUUAUCGCAUUAUGUUUAAUGUUUGUUGCUGCUGUUUAUUCAGCACCAACAUUUGAAUCAUCGUUGGAUCAGUCAUGGGAAUUAUUCAAACGUGUUCAUGCCAAAGAUUAUUCAGUUGCACAAGAACAAUAUCGACGUGGAGUGUGGGAAGCUAAUGUUGCCAAAAUUCAAACACAUAAUUUGGAAGCUGAUCUCGGUGUUCAUACAUAUACAAUGAAAAUGAACAAAUAUGGUGAUCUGACACAUCAAGAAUUUGUUAAACAGAUGAAUGGUUUAAAAUCCGCUGGUCGUACAGUUGAUGGUAAAAUUGAUCGUCAUACAUUUAUUCCACUAUCAAAUAUUGAAAUUCCAGCGGCUGUUGAUUGGCGUAAACAAGGUUACGUCACCGGUGUUAAAGAUCAAGGUCAAUGUGGAUCUUGUUGGGCAUUUAGUGCUACCGGUUCAUUAGAGGGUCAACAUUUCAAAAAAUAUUCCCAACUCGUUUCUCUUUCUGAACAAAAUCUAGUUGAUUGUAGUGGCAAAUUUGGUAAUAUGGGUUGUAACGGAGGUUUGAUGGAUCAAGCCUUUCAAUACAUCAAAGCCAACAUGGGAAUUGACACUGAAAUAUCGUACCCAUACGAAGCACGUGAUAACACUUGCCGUUUUCAACCACAAAACGUUGGUGCUAAUGACACAGGAUUCACGGAUAUCAAAAGCGGAAGUGAAGCCGAUUUACAAUCAGCCAUUGCAACUGUGGGACCAGUCUCAGUAGCUAUUGAUGCUAGCCAAAGUUCAUUUCAAUUUUACAGUAAAGGUGUGUACAAUGAACCCCAUUGUAGCUCAACCGAAUUAGAUCAUGGUGUGUUAGCUGUUGGUUAUGAUAAAAAAGGCAUACACGAUUAUUAUAUUGUCAAAAAUUCAUGGGGUGAAUCAUGGGGUAACGAUGGCUAUAUCUGGAUGAGCCGUAACAAGAAAAAUCAAUGUGGAAUUGCCACAAUGAGCUCAUAUCCACUUGUUUAA